CACACCUAGGUCGGAGCACUGUCGUCCUUCAGGGCUCCAGCCUCUUGAUAUUUUUAUACUUCAGUAUCAGUUUGAUAAAGCAAAAGAGAGAGAGAGAGAGAGAGGAAGAGAGAGGGGGAGAAGAAAGAAGAGAGAGAGAGAGGGGGCAGGAGGGGUGGGAAUUACACAAAAGACAGAACCAAAAAUAAUUUAAAUUCCUAAGUUAAUUUCUUUGCUGAGCUGGGAUUUUAGUCAUCAUGGAGGGCAAAUGGACAAUCUGCCCAGGACUGCAGCCUGAUACCAUUUUUCAAAGCCAGAACUUACUUCAUUUUCUAUGCAAAUACCAGAAAAGCGAAACACCCUCUCUCCCAAGUCGGAGAAGGGGAAGCGACGGCUCUCAGGUUGGGACAAUAUUAUAUGGAAGAUGGAGCAGAAACCGAACGCUCUUUUACUCCCCCCCCUCCUUCCUCCCCACCCCUUUCAAUCGGAGGAAAGAAACCUCAAGGUCUGCAAAGCAAAUCUCCGCAGACCGGCUGUUGGGGGAAAAAAGUGUUAGCCGUCUUUCCCAGAUCUGCGAGGGGGAAAAAUUUUGGAACCGUAAAGUUGAAAACUUUUUUCUCUUCAGUUUCGAAGAAGCCCUUCGUCAUGAAUGGGAUGCGAGGAGUUCAGGCGAAAGGAGGCGAGAGGCGCAAAGGAGGGGAGAUUUCUCGCCUGCCGCUCGCGCUGGGGCUCGAUGUGAAUAUAUAUUAUGUCUGCCUGUUCUCCCCUCGUCGGUGGCUAAGGUCAGCGGCUUGGAACAGACCCCGGGAGGAGGGGGGCAGAAAGGGUAGGGGGGGUCCGGCGCCUCACGUGACCCCCGGGGGUGCCAAUGUCUGGUCCUGAGGGUAUCAGGCCCUUGCAAGUUGCCACCCACUGCCCGGGUUUCGCCCAGCGAUGCAGAAAGCCACCUACUACGACAACACCGCAGCUGCACUCUUCGGAGGCUACUCCUCAUACCCUGGCAGUAAUGGCUUCGGCUACGACGGUGCCCCCCAACCCCCCUUCCAGGCCGCCACGCACCUGGAGGGCGACUACCAGCGCUCAGCAUGCUCGCUGCAGUCCCUGGGCAACGCCGCCCCGCAUGCUAAGGGCAAGGAGCUCAACGGCAGCUGCAUGAGGCCUGGCCUGGCCCCUGAGCCCCUGUCCGCCCCGCCCGGCUCACCCCCGCCCAGCGCAGCACCUACCAGUACCACUAGCAACAGCAGCAAUGGGGGCGGGUCCGGCAAAAGCGGCCCCCCCAAAUGUGGUCCUGGCUCCAACUCCACCCUCACCAAACAGAUAUUCCCCUGGAUGAAAGAGUCGAGGCAGACGUCCAAGCUGAAAAACAGCUCCCCCGGCACAGCGGAGGGCUGCGGUGGCGGCGGAGGAGGAGGCAGUGGUGGCGGGGGCGGUAGCAGCGGGGGAGGGGACAAGAGCCCCCCGGGGUCUGCGGCGUCCAAGCGGGCGCGGACGGCAUACACGAGCGCGCAGCUGGUGGAGCUGGAAAAGGAGUUUCACUUCAACCGCUACCUGUGCCGGCCGCGCCGCGUGGAGAUGGCCAACCUGCUGAACCUCAGCGAGCGGCAGAUCAAGAUAUGGUUCCAGAACCGGCGCAUGAAGUACAAGAAAGACCAGAAAGCCAAGGGCCUGGCCUCGUCGUCUGGGGGCCCCUCCCCUGCCGGCAGCCCCCCGCAGCCCAUGCAGUCCACGGCCGGCUUCAUGAACGCCUUACACUCCAUGACCCCGAGCUAUGAGAGCCCGUCCCCUCCCACCUUCGGCAAAGCCCACCAGAAUGCCUACGCGUUGUCCUCCAACUACCAGCCCCCUCUCAAAGGCUGCGGCGCCCCACAGAAGUACCCCCAGACGCCGGCGCCCGAUUACGAGCCCCACGUCCUCCAAGCCAACGGGGGCGCCUACGGGACGCCCACUAUGCAGGGCAGUCCGGUGUACGUGGGCGGGGGCGGAUACGCGGAUCCGCUGCCGCCCCCUGCCGGCCCCUCCCUCUAUGGCCUCAACCAUCUUUCCCACCACCCCUCGGGGAACCUGGACUACAACGGGGCGCCCCCUAUGGCCCCCAGCCAGCACCACGGACCCUGCGACCCCCACCCCACCUACACAGACCUCUCCUCUCACCACGCGCCUCCUCCUCAGGGUAGAAUCCAAGAAGCGCCCAAGUUAACACACCUGUAAUGGGAGAGGGAGGGCGGAGGGGUGAGGUCAAGGGGACAGCCUAGAGGCGCAACCUGGAGGGCUGCAGGAGGAGGCAGGGAAGUGGUAGCCAGGCUUCCUGGGAAGAACAGGCCUGGAGCUCCUUCCCCUCCUGGCCUGAAAGGUUGCUUUUUAAAAUCCUCCAGCUCUUGUUCCAUUUGCCUGCCAACCCACUGGAAAGGAGUCCACAGCAGAUUGACGAUGACCCCAUCAACCUUAGGCCUCCAGCAAUACCCAGUUGGAAUUCCACGCUUGGGAGUGGGGUAGAGGAAGGAGAAAGAAAAACAAGGCAGAGAAGCACAUUUUAAAAAAACAGGCAAGAUGGCUAGGCUAUCACCAACCAACCAACUUACCUUCCGUCUCUGUGGGUAAUUCCCCCAAAUCUUGUUGGGUAUUUUUUUUCCCCCCUUGCAAUUCUCCUCUAAAAAGAAUUAGGAAACAUUUCAAAACCAGGGGCACUAAGCACGCUCCCCUCCCACUUCCCUGAAGCCUCGAAUUUCCUCGCAUCUAUCGGAGAUGAAUGGGGCACUCCUUUCCAGCCCCCUAUUUUUCUGCUCCAGGACAUGAAUACCCAUACCCCGCCCCCAUCAAUGACAGUUUUCAGAGGGCUCAGGGAUGGUGAGAGAUCUUGAAAGUCAGAGCUGUCUAUAUUAUAAAUAUAUAUAUAUUUUUUCUUUUAUGGAAAAGCUGGGAGGUGAGGGCAGGCAAAUUGUCAGGACUGCAGGUUUGCCCUUUCUGCGGCCUCCCACUCAGCUCCAGGUCCAUCCCGCUCCUUCCACAGAAAGCAAUCGGAGACACGAGGUUCUUCUACACUUUUCUUUUCUUCUGUUGCUCUCUUGACUUAACGUGAAAACAGGGUAUAUUUUAACAAACUGUCUGUCCCAGGCAGGGGCUGCAGCUGGGCCUGUAUGCCGUGUGCAGCCCUCUGACAGGACACUUUUGUUGCACUUAGAGUUUACAUUUUAAUGGAUAUAAAAACAACUGUGAGAGAUGCCUGGGCCUGCAGGAGUCCAGCAUCGCUCAAAAAGUGUGUGUUCUAGUGAACAUUUUCAUAUAUAUUUAUUGGUCAUAGCCUGUUAAAAUAUUUUCUUUUUUUUUUGUAUUAUUUAUCCCCUUACAUUAUGUAUUUAUAUGAGGGAAAAAAAGGAAAAAAAACUGUACUUUUUUUUUAGUAUUUACUUGUUAUAAAGGACGUGUUUCCUGUCAUGUAAAACCAGCUAUUUUAGUUAUUAUUGUACUCUAGAAAAGAGCUGUAGGUUUAUGUUACACUCGUACUUAUGAGCAAUUGUAAUUAGUUCUAAAAGGCAUGAACUCAGCUCCUAAUUGUCACUGUAUAGUCCUGAAUUUGUAGAAUUAGAGUUAAUUCCCUCUUGGAACUUUCUUUGUUCUUCCGUAGUUACUUUUUUCCUUACUUAAAAGGGUUGUCUGUCAAACAAUUCUUGAAUAAACUUUCUGUUAUCAAUUUUAUCUUGUCCUGGUGGUCCAAUUUAGAUAGCAGAGGGGGGGGCAGCUGACUGCCAAAUUUCCCCCAAGGGGAUACAGGACACGGAAGGCGCUGUCCUGGCCUUUUUGUCCACUGCUCGUGCGCCUGCCUCCCCUUGCCGUGUCUCCUGUUUAUAUAGCUUUUCUCACAGGGCCCUGGAACACACUGCCAAGUUCUUUAGAUACAAUUUAAGUUAGGAGUUGGCGAGGGGGGGGGGGAAGGACUCUUGGGUGUUCUCUCUAGGACUUUCUGUUUGGCGGCUUUGACUCUCCAUUUUUCUCAUUCAUUGACCUUUUGUCUUCCUGCUCCUCUGGCCACAACUUGC